GCAUUAGAGAGAGAGUUUGCACGUAUGUCAGAGGGACUAUGGUGGAGGGCUGGUGAAGAUGAUGGCAGCUCUCUGCGAGGAUGGCACAUAUGGACUCAACUGUGGCCGCAAAAGCGAUAAAAUAUCAGUUUUACAUGUCAAACUGACAGAAACAGCCUUUAAAGCGCUGGAAAACUACCAAAACUGUAAGAAUGCACCGUCAUCACAGGCGACGAUACGUUUUCAGGGUCUCCAAGGGCGCAUUAAAAUCCCAAUGACAGACGCUUCCAAUGGCUGUCAUAACUUCGACUUUUACCUGUCCAACUAUGGCAAAGACAAUCCUCAAGGAAGCUUUGAGUGUAUCCACCAGUGCAUGUCUAGCUCUGGAGUCCCCCAUCUAUCCUCCCUGGGAACGAUUCAAGACAAAAUCACUGUAUGUGCCACCAAUGACUCUUACCAGGUGACCAAAGAGCGAGUGACCAAAGCAGAGGAGGAUAAAAGCAAAAACAGCACCAAAUUCAUCAGACCCGGAGGACCGUUCAGAGACAAAAAGGUCCAGCACCGUAAACCUGCCCCAUCAGCCCCCGACCCGGUUCCAGAGAGAAAGCAGACCACGCCCCUCAACCCAGCCAACACCAUCCGCAAGUGCCUUACCAACAACCCCGUAUCACAACGGCCAUACCGGGACCGCGUCAUUCACCUUCUAGCCCUGCGCUCUUACAAGAAACUAGAGUUGCUCGGCAGACUGCAAAGAGACGGUAUCAGCCAGAAAGACCGCAACUCUUUGGGCUCUACACUACAUCAGGUGGCCAAUCUAAACCCUAAGGAUAACUCCUAUUCGCUGAAGGACUUUAUCUUCCGUGAGGUCCACAGGGACUGGCCGGGCUACACGGAGGAUGAACGGGUUCAGUGUGACAGGAUCCUGGCACGUAAAUUGGGCUUGAAUUCAGAGUCUGUAUCUUCCAGCAGUCCAACCAAAGAGCCAACGUCCCCGGUGAAACGCCAACCCGAGACUGACUUCAUUGACCCUCUGAUGUCUAAGAAGCCCCGAAUCUCCCAUCUCAGUAACCGAGGACCCCCCUCCUCUUCAGGUCGUCAUUCUUCAGAGACUGAGGAAAAACCCGCACCCACGGCGGCUUGCCCAGGACCCUCUUUUCACCCUCCCCCUGUCACAGGCUCCAGUUCAAACUCCCCCAGUACACCGGAGGGACGGGGGUCUCAGGACCUGCCCUUGGACCAGAGCUCUAUAUGCGGGAACUCCUCGGAGAGCUACGCCCCCCGCAGCCACACUCCCAGCCCGCCCAGCCAGCCGGUCUCCACAACGUCCCCCUCUUCCUUCUCCACAUGUACCGUCUCCACAACCACCAUUACCUCCACCACUACCACCAGCAGCGGCCACCGCGUUUCCUCUGCCGCAUCUCCUACAGCCAACCGUGACGGCAGUGGCAGCAAAAAGCCCAAGAAGUCCAAGAAGCACAAAGAUAAAGAGAAGAAACGAGAAGGAGAGAGGGAUAAGGAUAAGGACCGAAAGAGGAAUAGAGAGCAUCACAAGGAGGAUCACUGCGAUAAGGAAGUACAGCCCAGGAAGAAACACCGGAAUGAGGCAGAACAAAAACACAUUCCUGCCAACAUCAGCCAUGAAUCGGACAAAGAAGCUGGCAAAGACAAGCCUGUCAACAGCACUGAAGUUCCAGUCCCAACAAAGCCUGAUUACAUUGUUAAGUACACAGCAGUGAUAUCUAUGGAUCAGAGGCAGCACUAUAAGGAUGACUUCAAUGCAGAAUAUGAUGAGUAUCGCAUCCUUCAUGCGCGUGUAGAGAGUGUGACUCGUCGUUUUACAAAAUUGGACGCCCAGUGUAGACGACUGGCACCGGGAACUAAAGAGUACCAGGAAGUACACGAACAGGUGCUGCAAGAAUAUAAAAAAAUUAAACAACACAGCCCAAACUAUUAUGAAGAAAAACAGCGCUGUGAGUACCUGCACAACAAACUGGCCCACAUCAAACGGCUCAUCGCUGACUUCGACCAGCGGAGGGCGCAGUCCUGGCUGUAGGGCCCGGGACCAAGCAACCCCCCUCAGCCAAUCAGAGCGCUCUUCAUCCGAAGGACCAUCUUUAAAUGAGUGUGGGAAUCAAACAGCUCCUUAUUUAUUCUAUUUACAGAUUCCCCACUCGCCUGUUUUCCCAUAUCUGGCCUUCUUCAUCAAUCUAUAUAAUGUUCUUUUUAUUUAUCCUUUCCCACACCUUUCAUUCUUUCCUUUUCUUUCUUUUUGAAGGACGUUUCAAAAGAAAAAAGGACAACAAUGAAAAAUUCAACUUUCUGAAUGCAAAGAGAAAGUUCGCAAUGCAAAACCGUGGGCCUUACAAGCUCGUAUUUCUUGAAGCCUUUUGCACAGGGGUGAUCGAGCCAGUACAUGUGAAAAAGUGGCCAUAAAAGAGGGGGUUUCCAAAAGCCUUGAGACUUCCUUUCUCCCAAUGGCCCUGUUUUUUUUGUUUUUGUUUUUUUUUUUUCCUUUCUUUCUUUUGAACAGCAUCAGUAUUCACACCCACAGUGCAAAUGAUGCCUUAAGGUAUAAAUACAGACAUAUAUCGAUGUGGCGUCAGUGAGACUUACAAGCACCCAGGGCAGUGGGGAGAAAUUAUUAUGACCUGAUCGCAGGUCCAGCGCACAUUCAUGGAAGGUGUGAUCGAUGUUUGCUUGUGUGUGUGUGUGUGUGAGAGAGAAUGUGGCGAGUGAAAUUUGUCAGUGUUUUGUUCAUUUUUGGGAAGGAUUGUGGGUCAGAAACUACAGGUAGAGAGAGGCUCUGAGAGGAGGUUUGGAUAUAAAUUAUAUUAAAAAAAAAAAAAAGAGGAAAAAAAACCGGAAAAUAAAAAUCCCCCCCCAAAAAAAGCUGCUAUAUAUAUUUUUUUUUUCUUUUUCUUUGAACAGCCGGAUCCUUCGGGAUCAACCUGGCUCAUGUUACAUGUUCUUAAUUUGGGCCUGCUCUGUUUAAGAAAAUGAUUGUACCAUCUUCAAGGCAAAGGUGCUACUGAUUUCUGAGAAAAUGCAUAGAGCAGAGGCAGACCUGUAUAUCCAUUUCAAAUGUAUUCAUUAAUUAUUACAAGUCUCAGAACAGAGUUAUUUAUGAAAUAUGAAUAGAAUUAUAUAUUUUUUGUCUUCAUUUUGAAUUAAAAGGUAUUGCUGGAAUUGAGAAUUGAAGAAGAAACUGAUCAAAUAUGCGUUAAAGUCUUUAUUUCACGGUAUCAUUAGUGAUUCAACAACUUAAGGGAAGCGUUAUGUUUACAAAACCUGUGUGAUAGGAAGUUUUGCCAAAAAAAAGUGAUUAAAAUGAAACGAAUGCUUUCAAUCCUAUGUUGAUAGUCUGGAAUAAAACGUGUUUCUCUGAGUGACAUGACACUUUGUUAUCUGAAAGGAGAUGGUGGUCGAACACUUAGUGUCUUGAUAUAUUUAUUUUCUUUGAUCCUUGUUUAGGGAGAAGAUACAGAAUGCAGCUUUGUGAAUCGGCUUUGGAAAAAAAACUAACAAAAGAUGAAAAAAACUCGCAGUUAUGCAAAUUCUCACUGGAUCAAAUGGCUCCAUGGUGGAUUCUGAUUGGCUAGUUGAUUCUCGAGGCUCGCUGCAUUGUAUUUGCACAUUUUAAGAUGUCUUUUUGAAAUCUGAAAACAAAUCAUCUCUCUCUUAUGAUCACAGUUAUUCCAUUGUUAAAGACUGGGAGGUGUUUCCUUUGUUUUCCAGUGUUGUAAAUUGAAAGGAAAAAAACUUAAGUGAGCCAUUCUCAGAAUAACCAUCGAUGAAUGUUCGUUUUCAGUAUUUGGGGCGGCAGAUGGCAUCUUGCUUGCUUACUUUUUUUUUUAAGGGGCUUACAUGUUAUCAAACUCCCCAAGAUGUUCUGUUAUGUGAGCUUCUGUUCAUUUUAGUCACCAUUAAUAGACUGCACGCAAUGUCUGAUGACAACCGAAUACAAGUCAUGGUUAUUUAACAGAGAACUAUAGCAGCACUUUACUUCGCAGACGCUUAUUUCCUCAGCAUUCAAAUAGCCUCCACACUGAACCUUAAAGAUUUGGGAUGACACUAAGAAGUGUUGCUUGCAAAGGAGAAUGUGCAUCUACACACCGGUAUCUUUGUAAUUUGGGUUGGGUGGGGAAGUAUUUGGUGAUGUGUGACCAACACCUGUUUUCUUUCCCUUUUGAAGAGACUGUGCCUCUGACACCACUAAAGAGAGAUGUUAAUGUUGGAUAAUAAGCCAAGAAUCUCAUAACACUGUCAUCUCUUGUUUUAAAGGUGGGAUGGGGGUUAUUUCAGACUGUAAGAGAAUUCCUGACCUGUCCACCUAAAAAUGUAUUAAAUCAGUUCAAUAAAAUGUGAACUUGA